AUUUUACAGUAUGAACGACAGAAGCCUAAAUUUCCUUGGGGUGGCAUACUUUUAGCUAUAUUUCUUCUUGUUGCUGGUACUGUGCUUAUAGUUUUCUCCUGCCUUCUAUUUACUGGACAUAUCAGUGGCUCUCAUGCGGAUGGGGCUUGGCCUUGCAUGAUUCUUGGAAUGCUGAUGUUUAUUCCUGGUAUCUACCAUGUGAGAAUAGCCUGGUUAGCAUUUAGGGGUUAUCCUGGUUAUGUAUAUGAAGAUAUUCCAAAUUUUGAGUAGUGUCCACAGCCAACAUCAAAAGCAAGUUCUAGUCAUAUAAUCAUUACCAUUUUCUGUCUUUUUUUUUGUACAUAAUUAUAUUCAUCUUUUUUCUUCUAUUACAUAAUAUUUUGUGUCAAUUCUAAAUCUUUUUUACCCAAUUAUACCUUAUUUAAAUCUCUUAAUUGAAUGUAUGUAAGUUUGAUUUUUCUUAUAUUUAAAUUAAUUUUGACUUUUAUUUCUUUUUUAUUAACCUUAAGUCUUUGCCUUUCGUCUGACACAUGUAAUCACACUAUAUUAAAAUUAUGGAAAAUGCAUUCAACUCGUGGUCCUUAGGCUAUAAAAAGGGCAACUCCACUGAAAGUUUUCCUACAUGUGAAAAGUUUAAACAUGACAUUGACGAAUUUGACUUUUUUUAUAUCACUUUAAAGCCUGAAGUGUAUAUCUUAAUGUUAUGCAACUUGAUUUCUAUGAGCAUUUAAUUAAUGCCUACAUUUUUAACUGAAAAUUCAUAUUUCAAGAUUUUUUCAAAAAAUAUGAGAAACUGAAAUUUUAAUUAAAUAUUCCAUUUUAAUGUAAUAAAGGUUUUCUACCUUUAAUCUAUUUUAAGUUACAUAAUUCUACAAUUACAUAAAAUAAUUUUUGAAAAUAUAAUUUUAAUGAUCCUAAAAUUUCAAAUUAGCCAAUUUUUGUCUGAAAUCUUUUGUUGAAAACCUUUUUGGUUUUAUAAUUGUUAACUCUAAGUUUAGUCCACGAUAAGUUUACAUCCAUGAUAAAUUUUUUCCAAGCACACAAUUUAAAUAAUUAGUGAUAAAGACAUAAUAUUUUGUGUUCUGUCUAUAAUAUCAAACCAAGACUUUCAAAUUACAUGAAAAUAAAUGCUCUAAAUCUCACCCAUAGUUAUAAAUAUAAUUGUGAGAGACCACAUAAUUCCUAAUAUUUUGUUGUUUUGAGCUAUCACAGAACACAAUUUCAUAUCACUUUCUUUGAUCAAUUCGUAAACAAGAUUAGAUCACAGGUUUUAAGUUUUGUUGUCCCAUUCUUCUCUGGCAGGAAAAACUACCUAUAAUGGAUUGUCAAUCACAGAACUUAAUUUCAUAUCAGAAUGUAAUAUAUUUAUAAAUAAUUUUCAGAUGAUAUUUUUCACUAACAAAUAGAGAAUUUUUUUAAAAGAAUUUCUGAGAAAAUUUUUUUAUAUUUGCAAUGUUAUUUAAUCUGGUUUCAAUGUUCUAAUGUGACUACAGGAAUGCUUUGCAAUUUUGACAUUUGUGUGUUACCUCUGUGACAGUCAGUUUUUAGUUUUUUUAAAUUUUUCAAAUUUAUUAAAGUUAAAAAGCUUUAGAACACCACAAAUUUCCUUUACAAAAAAAAAUUAAAGUGCUUCAUGAUUUUUAGCUAAAUUAUAUGCAUUUAAAGUCUGCAUAUAUUAUGUCCAUAACGGUGGAAUUGCUCAAAAAUAUGUUUUAUAUUUAUAUGUAUUGUUUUUGAGGAAUGGUUUUCAUGUACCAUAUUUCAAUAUAUCAUGUGCCAAUGGUUUUCAAACUUUAAAAAAAAAAAACACUUGUUUCCUAAUUUUUAUUUUUAAAUUUUAUUUGAUGACUUAAAUAAAUAAACUAGUAUUUAAAAUCAAAUUCAGUUAAUAAUCGUAAUUAAAACUAAUUAAGUCCUUUUUUUUAUUUAUUUUCUAUCAGCAUAUUUUUAAGUAAUUAAUCAUACUGAACAUCAAUAUAUAAAAAUUAAAAAUCACUGUAAGUAUUUUUUUCUUUUUUAUAAAUUCCACCAAAGGUUCUAUUUUCAGUAUAAGUAUAGAUUUCCUGAUCCAGUGAACCCCUGCUAACCUGUUUUUCAUUUGCUUUAUUCUUGUUUUAUUUUCUCUCUUCUAUUUUUAUGCCAAAUAUAAUUUUAAACACAAUUUACUUUUUGUUUCCUUGAGUACAUACUAAUUUGAAUAUUUAAUUUUGCACAGUUUAACUGUUCUAGAUUCUUGUACCAUUACUAAUUUCCAACCAUUACUAUUGUGUCAUUACCAUUUUCCAUAUCCAACCAUUUUUCAAAAAACUUCAUGUUUACUUCUUAUGUGACUGAACCUAUAGUUUAAUUUGUUAUUAAAUAACUUUUUUUUUAUAAUUAUAACCUUUUUUUCACCGCGAAACCUGCUUUAAAAUCAUUGAAUUUAGAAACGUUUCAAUGUUUAAUAGACAGUAUUUAUUUUGGAUGUCGCUGCUGUAUAAUCUAUUCUUUUCUUUCAUAUAUUUUGAAUUUAAAACCACAAAUUUUGAAAAUUUUUUUAUCUGUUGUGAUAUUUUUUUAAAAAAUUAACUUUGACUCAAUUGGACAUAAUAUAAGAUUUUAACAUGGCAAUAUGAAUUGUUAAAUUUCUAACAAUGACAGGUUUUAUACUUUAAGGAUGUUCAUUGUUUACAUAACUGAAGUUUUUAUCAGGUCUUGUUAUAGUUGUUGAUAAAACAAUUCAGCCCAUUCCUUAUCAGUUUUAAGGGGGUGUAUGUCAAGUCACUGUAUCAGUUUUUUUUU